GAGCACCCACAGUAGAUGUGGGAUAUGUGCCAAAUGCUAAAUAUUUGGCACAUAUCCCACACCAAACCCAUUUUAUGCCCAAUUAUCAGAUGUUGUAUAUGUUAAAUUUUUUACAACGUGCUACAGUAAAAUCACAAAUAUACAAUCGUACGGACUGGCUGUGGUAUAUUGGUUUAUUAUUUUUUAUUGCUCCUUCAACCCUCAUUUCUCUUUCAUUCCUCAUUUCUCUUUCAUUUCUCCUUCAGCUCACCGCCUCCAUCUCCAUCUCCACUCUCCCAUUCUUUUUCUUCUUCCCUCUUCCCCGUUGCUCCAUCUCCUUCAGCUCACCAUCAGUUUCGUUUCUACCAUCACUGAUCUAAUAACCACAUAAAUCCGGUUUUUUUUCCCCUUUUGGUUCGCUCUGUCCUCUGUUCUACCGGCGUCGGUCUGGUUCUGAGUCUCCGUUUUGGUUGUGAUUGCUCGCAAAUCUGAAAGGGAUGUUUGUGCUUCCGCCGAAGAUUCCAGCAGCACAUUGAUCUCGAAGGAACUUUCAGUCCAGUUGGAGCUUGAUGAAAAACGACUCAAAAGCGAAACGGAGCCAAAACGAAGGUUGAUUCCAACGGAGCCAAAACAGAGCUGGUUGUGGGUCUGAUUUUAUUUUCCGAUUGUGAUCGGCGUGGGCGUAGGCGUUUGGGUUGUGAGUCUGGUUUAUUUUUCCCCUUUUGGUUCGCUCUGUCCUCUGUUCUACCGGCGUCGGUCUGUUUCUGAGUCUCCGUUUUGGUUGUGAUUGCUCGCAAAUCUGAAAGGGAUGUUUGUGCUUCCGCCGAAGAUUCCAGCAGCACAUUGAUCUCGAAGGAGCUUUCAGUCCAGUUGGAGCUUGAUGAAAAACGACUCAAAAGCGAAACAGAGCCAAAACGAAGGUUGAUUCCAACGGAGCCAAAACAGAGCUGGUUGUGGGUCUGAUUUUAUUUUCCGAUUGUGAUCGGCGUGGGCGUAGGCGUUUGGGUUGUGGGUCUGGUUUAUUUUUCCCCUUUUGGUUCGCUUCCUCUCUGUUCUAUCGGCGUCAUCUGGUUGUUUUUGUCUCCGUUUUGGUUGCGAUUUCUGAUUGUGGGUCUGCUCUUUGAAUCAAUUCUUGGCGCAAGAACUUUGUGAGUGGACUUCCGGUUUCGUGAAAGAGGCCCUGGUGAAAUCUGUGCACGAGAAACACGACAGGAUUAGCUCACCAUACAGUUUAUCUCCAUGGGUCGUUCUUUUUUUCGUAAAUUGCUUGAUGAUGACUCAGAUGAAGAUGAGAUAAUUAUAAAACUUCUCACGGGUUCGACACCACAACGUAAGCAUCGUCGGUAUAUCGAACGUAAUCAUUUGGCAGGCCAUAGAAGGCUUUAUGAUGACUACUUUGCCGAAGAACCUGUAUAUCCUCCCAACUUAUUUCGAAGGAGAUUUCGAAUGAGACGUUCUCUUUUUCUCCGAAUCUUAUCUAGGGUAGAAGCUUAUGAACCUUACUUUACCCAAAAAAGAAAUGCUGCCAAAAAGCUUGGUCUAUCUCCCCUUCAAAAGAUGACCGCUGCACUUAGGAUGCUUGCUUAUGGAGUAGCGGCUGAUUUUAUGGAUGAAUAUGUGAGAAUAGCAGAAACCACUGCAAUAACUAGUUUGAAAAAAUUUGUUGCAGCAGUGGUUGCUAUUUUUUCAGAGGAAUACUUGAGGUCACCAAACAAUGAAGACAUCGCUAGAUUGUUAGCCCAUGGCCAAAACCGUGGAUUUCCAGGCAUGUUGGGAAGUAUUGAUUGCAUGCAUUGGAAAUGGAAAAAUUGUCCAACUGCAUGGAAAGGGAUGUAUUGUGGUCAUAUUCGUGAGCCAAGUAUUAUUUUGGAAGCAGUGGCUUCAUAUGAUCUUUGGAUAUGGCACUCAUUUUUUGGGUUACCUGGAUCAAACAAUGAUAUUAACGUGUUGGAGCGGUCUCAUGUAUUUUCUGAACUUGCACAAGGACGUGCUCCUGCAGUUAAUUACUCAAUUAAUGGUGAGGAUUACACAAUGGGAUAUUAUCUUGCCGAUGGCAUAUAUCCACAAUGGUCAACAUUUGUGAAGACAAUCCCAAGGCCACUAUUAGCAAAAAGAAAAUUAUUUGCAAAAGCUCAGGAGGCAUAUAGGAAGGAUGUAGAGCGUGCAUUUGGAGUGCUUCAAGCACGAUUUGCUAUUGUACGUGGACCUGCACGGUUUUUCUAUCAUGAAACACUACAUGACAUUAUGAAAGCGUGCAUAAUUCUUCAUAACAUGAUUAUUGAAGAUGAGCGAGAUGAAGCUGAAGCAGUGGACUUAGAUUAUGAACAAAUUGAUGAGAUUUCAUGUACACCAAUGUCACGUGAGCCAACAAAUGAAUUUACGGAAUUCAUUCAAGUUCAUCAAUGCAUUAGGGAUCGAGAAGCUCAUUCUCAACUCCAAAUGAAUCUCGUUGAGCAUUUAUGGCAAUUACAAGGAGAGUCAUGAAAACUUUUGGUUUUGUUUAUUUGUAAUAUUUUCUUUAUGGAGUUGCCAUUAAAACUUUUGAUUUGGUUUAUUUGUUUCAUUUUGUUUUUAUGAAGCUACCAUUAAAACUCAUUGGCUAUGUUGUUUUGUUAUGUUAAGUUUAGUAUUAGCCAAUUGUUUUGUUGUAUUAAAUUUAAGUACUAUUUGUCAUCAAGUAUGUGACAAGCUCAAUUAUGUUUA